AUGGUGGCGAUUUCGACACAGAAAAUCAAAGUCGAUGCGAUGAUUUCGCGACAGUUUUUGGCGGCGGAUUUAGAUGAAAUCAAGCAAAUGCAAGAAGCUGCAAAAAAUGUGAGUUCUUGGGAUGUUUUUGGAUAUUUUUGAUGAACUCUAUGUUUGUAGAUUGUUCCGAAAAAUGAGAUAGUUUGGAGAAAUGUGGCAUUAUUUGCUGCUCUUCAUUUUGGUGCAGUUAUCGGAUUAUUCCAAUUAAUAUUUCAAGCAAAAUGGAUGACACUAUUCUGGGUUUUCAUAUUACACACAGCUGGAUGUACCGGAGUUACAGCUGGUGCUCAUAGAUUAUGGUCACAUAAAUCAUACAAAGCUAGACUUCCGAUGCGUAUUUUCCUUAUGAUUUUAAAUAGUAUUGCUUUACAAAAUGAUAUAAUUGAAUGGGCUCGUGAUCAUAGAUGUCAUCAUAAAUGGACAGAUACAAAUGCUGAUCCACAUGGAACACAUCGUGGAAUGUUUUUUGCGCAUAUGGGAUGGUUGUUAGUGAAGAAACAUGAUGAAGUGAAGAUUCAAGGUGCUAAAUUGGAUUUAUCUGAUUUAUAUGCUGAUCCGGUUUUGAGAUUCCAAAGGAAAUAUUAUAUGUUGCUCUCGAUUUUAUGUUGUUUUGUAUUACCAACAUUUAUUCCUGUAUAUUUUUGGGGCGAAUCUGCGUUUAUUGCGUUCUACACUGCGGCAUUAUUUAGAUACUGUUUCUCACUUCAUGCAACUUGGUGUAUCAACAGUGUUUCUCAUUGGUAAGAUUUCUGCAAAGUUUCCCAAAUUUUAUAAAUAUAUUUAUUGUAGGGUUGGAUGGCAACCAUAUGAUCAUCAAGCAACAUCAGUUGAUAAUUUGUGGACUUCAGUGACUGCUGUCGGAGAAGGUGGACACAAUUAUCAUCAUACAUUCCCGCAGGAUUAUAGAACUUCUGAACAUGCUGAAUGGUUUAAUUGGACAAAAGUUGUGAUAGAUUGUGCUGCUGCUUUAGGACUCGUUUAUGAUCGAAAAGUUGCAGCUGAAGAAAUUAUUCAAAAACAAUGUAAAAGUCAAGGAUGUCCGAUUGAAAGAGCAAAAAUGUUGGAAAAAUUGGGAUAA